AUGUCGCUUAUCGUAAUUUACCCCGUGAGUUGCACAUAUCUCGGUCAGAGUGGGUUUUCGACUCUUCGUACGGUUCUCAUGAGUCAUGGGAAUUCAAAAGCCAACUUGAUUAGAAUUGCGGACAACGCGAAGAGCAUGACGAGAGCAUGGCGAGACGCGUCUUUCUUCCUUGCUGAGCCUGUCUCUGAGUAG